AUGCAAUAUGCAACUUCAACUCUUCUGCGCAGGAAUACGAAGGCAAAUAAAGCGGAUAUGGCCACUGCCUUGCACACACUCGGCUACCUGCUCCAGAAUUCCAGAUAUGGCCUCAUCCUGGGCAAGGAUCCUGAUGGACAUCUCUACGGCUACGUCGACUCAUCCCACGCCGAUCAGGAAGGCGCUAAAUCGACUGAAUCCUUCAUAUUCUUCUACAAAGGGUCCCCGAUCUCCUGGAGAUCGAAGGCGCAGUCAAUCGUUGCCCCUAGAUCAUCGCUCGCGGAGUUUAUUGCAUGGGCUUCAGCAGUCAAGGAGGCGUUAUUUCUGAAGCGUCUCAUUGAACCUGUGGAUGGGUGCAUUACCGAGCCCAUAUUAAUUUACACCAAUUCGGCAAAUGCGUUGUCCUUGCUCAACAAACCGAGCUAUUCCCCUACAUUGAAAGGGAUUGGUAUUCGCUUCUUUUUCGUGAAGGAUGCCGUGGCGGACGAUUUGGUCAGAUUUGAAUACGUUGCUUCAGAGGAAAACGUCGCCGACACCAAGCCGCUUCCCGGCCCGAAGUUUGACCGUUUCUACGCCAAACUCAAUUAG